AUGUGGAAAACAAUUAAUAAAUUAACAAAUAAAAAAUCUAAGACAACUACGAUCACCAAGCUUAACAUAUCAAAUGAUGUUACUGAAGAUCCAAGUAAGAUAUUACACACUUUUAAUACCUAUUUCAAGACAACUGGAGAAAAUUUAGCUAACGAAAUACCAGAUACUACCGAUGCACCUGAAUCAUAUGUUACUCCUAGUAAUUCAACUUUUCAAAUGCAAAAUGUGUCUGAG